GAGCCGGGAGAGCAGCCCCCAAGGCGGAGCCUCCCUCCUGCCCCCAGUACCGCUGCCCCCACCUGGAGCGGAGAGGCGGGCGCCGCGCUGCCCUCCCUCUACGCCCCGGCCGCGUGGCUUGCGGCUUAUUUUCCCAGCUGGCAAGCGUCGCGCUACAGACAAGGGAAUGCCUGUGGGAAGGCAGCGCUGGUUUCCUGAGAUAAAUGGACAGGAAGCGCAUUACCUCCGCGCGCUGGCAAGCGGCUCCCAAAUGCUUUUUGCACCUGCCGCUUCGAGCAGUGCGAGCCGCGGCGGAGCCCGCAGGGAUCGCCAGGGCCGUUGUGUACGCUCGGGUGAUGAGCCUCACGCACGCCCGGGGCCCUCUUCUUCCGGGGGCGCAGCGCUUACGCCGGGCUCUGGGGCUCUUCUCUCACAUUCAGGUCCUGCGUGUUCCAGAGCUCGGCGGACCCUUGAUCCCGCCUUGCCCCCUCCAGGAGCGGAAGGGUUAAGAAUGAUGAGGAAGAAGAAGAAGCGAGGCGCGUCCCCCGGCCCAUGCCGCAGCCACGGCUCCGGACCCGCCACGGCGCCUGUGCCGCCGCCCUCGCCGAAGCCCACGAGACCUGCAUGGACGGGCAUGGGCUUAAGAGCAGCACCUUCCUGCGCCGCUGCCUCCGCCGCCGUCUCCGGGGCUGAGCAGCGCCGCCGCCGCCCCCGGCUCUGCCCGCCUCCCCUGGCACUGUUGCUGCUGCUGCUGCUCAGCCUCGGGCUGCUCCACGCAGGUGACUGCCAACAACCAGCCCAGUGUCGAAUCCAGAAAUGUACCACAGACUUUGUGUCCCUGACUUCACACCUGAAUUCCGCCAUUGACGGCUUUGACUCUGAGUUUUGCAAGGCUCUGCGUGCCUAUGCUGGCUGUACCCAGCGAACUUCAAAAGCCUGCCGUGGCAACCUGGUAUACCAUUCUGCUGUAUUGGGUAUCAGUGACCUCAUGAGCCAGAGGAACUGUUCCAAGGACGGACCCACAUCCUCUACCAACCCAGAAGUGACCCAUGACCCUUGUAACUAUCACAGCCAUGCAGGAGCCAGAGAACACAGGGGAGGGGACCAGAACCCUCCUAAUUACCUUUUUUGUGGCUUGUUCGGAGAUCCUCACCUUAGAACUUUCAAGGAUCACUUCCAGACGUGCAAAGUGGAAGGGGCCUGGCCACUCAUAGAUAAUAAUUACCUUUCGGUUCAAGUGACGAAUGUGCCCGUGGUCCCUGGAUCCAGUGCUACUGCUACAAAUAAGAUCACGAUCAUCUUCAAAGCCCACCGGGAGUGUACCGAUCAGAAAGUGUACCAAGCUGUGACAGAUGACCUGCCGGCUGCCUUUGUGGACGGCAGCACCAGCGGUGGGGAUGGCGACACCAAGAGCCUGCGUAUCGUGGAAAGGGAGAGUGGCCGCUAUGUGGAGAUGCACGCCCGCUACAUCGGGACCACGGUGUUUGUGCGGCAGCUGGGGCGCUACCUGACCCUCGCCAUCCGCAUGCCCGAAGACCUGGCCAUGUCCUACGAGGAGAGCCAGGACCUGCAGCUGUGUGUGAACGGCUGUCCCCUGAGCGAGCGCAUCGAUGAUGGGCAGGGCCAGGUGUCUGCCAUCCUGGGGCACACCCUGCCUCACUCCUCCCUCGCACAGGCCUGGCCCGGCUACACCCUGGAGACUGCCAAUGCUCAGUGCCACGAGAAGAUGCCAGUGAAGGACAUCUACUUCCAGUCCUGUGUCUUUGACCUGCUCACCACUGGUGACGCCAACUUCACCGCGGCAGCCCACAGUGCCUUGGAGGACGUGGGGGCGCUGCACCCGAGGAAGGAGCGCUGGCACAUUUUCCCGAGCAGUGGUCGGGGGGCGCCCGGCGGAGGCGGCCCUUCGGCGCUCAGUCUAGGACUCACGUGCUUGAUCCUUAUUGUGUUUUUGUAGGGGUUGUCUUUUAUUUUCCUUUGUCUAUAACAAAAUUUAAAAAUAUAUAUUGUCAUAAUAUAUUGAGUAAAAGAGUAUAUAUGUAUAUACCAUGUAUAUGACAGGAUGUUUGUCCGGGGACACCCACCAGAUUGUACAUAUUGUGUUUGACUGUUUUUAGUAUGUUGGAUGUAGUGUUCUUUGAUUGUAUCGAUUUUAUUUUGCAGUUUUGUGAAAUGUUUUAUAAUGUCCCUGGCUGGGGACCUGUUAGAAAGCACUUUAUUUUUUAUAUAUUAAAUAUUUAUGUGUGUACCUGGUUAGUAUGUAUAGUACAUAUACACACACCAUACUCAGCGGCCCUUUGAAUAUGACCAGUGAUGAUGUCUGUGGCUGUCCCUGGCUGUCCCUCAUGGCCCACCGCUACUGAUGCCCAUGGCGUGGGGCCCACCAGCUUCCUGCGGGAGCCUCCUCGCGCGCGUUGGAAGGAUCGUAACGCCUUGCACGUCACAGGUGCUGUGGCUCUGUGAAUGCUGGUGUCGAGGAAGCCUCACCCUCCCGAACAGCUGUCCCUUCCCAGAGGGUGGGCGAGUGGACCCUCAUUAAACCAUGGUGGUUGUAUCUGAGCACUUCUGGUAUAGUAAGUUGAACUAUAUGAAACUGCUGUUUUUAUAGGUCAGAAGGGGCUAGUGAUGGCAAUUUCAUAGAUAAAUACCAGGCAUUUUGAUAGACUCCCGUAGCUCUCAGUCUUUUUCUUCCCAUGUCCCUGUCUAAACUGUUGUGUUUUUUUCCUCUUUUAACUAUUUUGCAUCGAACA